AACUUUUCGCGGUCUGCCAAAAAUUUCAAAUAAUUUCGACGAAAUUCUCAGAAUUCAAAUCCCAAAUGCUAAAAACCCUUCAAACCAGCAAACCUCUCUCGUUCUCUCUCUUGAUCUCUUCCCCUUCUCUAUCUCAGAGAAGUAACGUCCGGCCAUCGAAGCAACACGGCGAGAAAAAUUUCUGAAAUCCUGUUUGGAUCCCACGAAUCCCAGGUCAAACUACGUGGAAUAGUUGUUCUAUUUUGGGUUUAAUGCUUUAUUGGUGAAUGCCCAAUAUCCAAUUUUUGGUUGGUGUAUCCAAUUGAGUAAGAUGGUGAGGGAGCAAAGAAUAGAGUCCUUUUAUUCUCAGCUUCGUGAAUCCGCCAAGGCAUCAGCUCUUUCUCCUCUGCUGAUAUUCCCAUCAACAUCUGAUGUAGACUCUCUUUGUGCUUUGAAGAUUAUAUUUCAUGUUCUUGAGUCUGAUUCGGUUCGUUACUCGUGUUAUCCGGUGUCUUCAUUUCAAGAAAUUCACAAGUACAUUGGUGAUGAUCUGGGUUCUUCUUCAGAUGAGCCAAUUUCCAUUCUUUUGAUAAAUUGGGGGUGCCACCGCGAUUUGCGGAGGGAUCUGAAGUUGGGUCCCGCUGCUCGUGUUUUUGUGGUUGAUAGUCACAGGCCGAUUCACUUGCACAAUUUGAGUGACCAGAAUGAGCAGGUGAUUGUUCUUUAUACCCAUGAUGAUGAGCAGCAAGCUGAUUUGGCAUAUGAUUUUGAUGUUAUGGAGUUGGCUAAUGCCAGCUAUGGUCUUCAUAAUUCAGAGUUGUAUAGUGAAAAUGAAGAUGACAGUGAAAGUGAGGAUGAAGAUGAGGAUGAGGAUGGCGAAGAAGAAGAGGGAGAUGGGCCUAGGAAGAGGAGGAAGACAUCUCAGGAGGAUGAAGAAGAACCAAGUUCAAGGCGUUUUAAGAAAUUAAAAAGGGGGUAUUAUCAUAUGGGUACUUUCCAUGGUAAGCCAUCAGGGUGUUUGAUGUAUGAUUUGUCACAUUGCUUGAGGAAGAACACAAAUGAGCUGCUUUGGUUGGCUUGUGUUUCACUUACUGAUCAGUUUGUUCAUGAGAGGUUAACGGAUGAGAGGUACCAAGCUGGGGUUAUGGAACUUGAGCAACACAUUAACAGCUCAGGAAAUUUGGAUGCAAUCACUUCAGUGACCCUUAAAGAUGGGACAAAGGUUCGAGCACCUGAUUCCUCGAGAAUUGCCUAUGAAGAGGAACCGAGGCUUAUGUUAUUAAGGGAGUGGAAUUUAUUUGAUUCAAUGCUGUGUUCCUCAUACAUUGCCCCUAAAUUGAAGACAUGGAGUGAUAACGGUAUCAAAAAGCUUAAGCUUCUUCUUGCACAGAUGGGAUUUGCGCUUGUUGAUUGCCAGCAGAAGUUUCAAUACAUGAAUCAUGAAGUAAAACGAAAGAUGAAAGAUGAGUUUGCACGGUUUUUACCCGAAUAUGGGCUUAACGAUUUUUACUACAAGAGUUUCUUGCGUCUUCAUGGUUAUAGUUCGAAGGUUUCAGCUGCAGAUGUGGUGCAUGGUGUUACUGCUCUGCUGGAAUCCUUUGUGGAAUCUGACGGCUCUUGUGCUUCAAAGCAAUUUGGUGUGGCUUAUGAUGCAUUGUCCUUGAGCAAUCUUGAUAAGUUAAAAGAUGGGAUGCAACAGGCAAUCAGAAUACAAAGGGCCAUUCUUAGACAAGGAAGUGCAGCAAUAACCAAGCGUGGCUGUAUCAGAAGUGGGAGAAAGUUCAGGUGGGUGAAACUUGAAGAUUCAGUGGAUGCAAAGCUGUUAGGAUACCCACAGGCCCUGACCAAAUUCUGCUACUUUCUAAUGGAUGCCUUAAAGGAGAAAGGAGCUAGAAUGAAGCCUUUGCUCUGUGCUUGUGCAUUACAAGCACCAGGAAAGGUACUAAUUGUCGGAGUCUAUGGAAAGCCUCGACUUGGAGCGGUUCAGGGGAAUGCCUUUGGCAUUGCAUUCAGGAAUGCAGCUGAGGAAACUGGAACUGGUUUCUUCCAUGAACUCUUUGAAUCUUCAUGGAUUGUUUUGGAUGUUGAUGCUGUUAAUCCCUUCAUGAUAAGCUUAAGUGAAAAGCUUUAACUUGAGGAACUUAAAUGUGUAUCAUUAGUUCUUAUCAGUGUGUUGUUUAGAAAAAGUGCUUAUUGAUUUUUCAAAUGAUUCGUAAAUAAAAUUUUCAAGUGAUU